AUGUCGCGCACGACGCAGACGCAGAUGCAGAUGCCGCCGUCGCCGCCGCUCCUCUUAACGAAGCGCGUCACGGCAUUUCUGCGCGCGAACCUGUCGGCCCACAUCCACUCAGCCAUGCUGACCACGCCGGCCGGCAGCCUGCUCGCCCACGCUAGCAGCCUGCCCGCGAGCGCCCUGCGCCGUCAGGCCGCCGUUGCGGCCUCGCUCUGGGCCCUCCAGGGCCCAGCGCACGCCGCGCCCGCCGCACCCGGCGCUGCCUCGGCGACGCUUCCCCCGGGGAGCACGGUCCGGACGCCCAAGAGCGGCAGGCACCCGCCGACGGUGACGGUGCAGCUCGACAGCGGCGCCGUGUUCGUCAUUCGCCGCUUGCGUUGCGGCAUGCUUUUCAUCUGCAUGGGCGGAAGCGAGGGAACAGCGGCGGCCGCUGGGCGGCACACGCCGACCCCGCCCACGCCGCACAACACCCGCCCCAGCCGCACAGCAGCAGGCUCCCCCUCCGAAGCCUCCAUCCUGUCAACGCACACGGCAGGCGGCGCCUCGGUCGCCAGCGGUGCCAGCGCGGCCACCACCGUGCCGGGCAGCAGCAGCGGCGGCGGCAGCAGCAGCAGCAGCAACAGCAGCGCGGCGCAGAUGCGGCGGCAGGUGGAGGAGCUGGCGCGGUGGCUGGACGAGCGGCUGGGCGGGCUGUACGUGCCCGAGGAGGGGAUCGGGAUUGGGAUUGACAGCAGGAGCGGGAGCGGGAGCGGGGUUGCUGGGACCGCGAACGGUAGUGCGGCGGCGGUGGGAGUGGAGGGGUGA